UUUUAUACAUUUUUCGAUUCUUUUCAAAUGCGUAAAAGCAGAGCCACCCCAUUAGCCCAUUCAACUUUCCAAUUCCUUCAACCCUUUUUCUUUCUUCAAUCUCUAUUUUGAAGAAUUUUUGAAGAAUUUUUCUUUUGAGCCAUGGCGUCGGAAAUACAAAUGAAGAACAAACAACUUCGCCAGAACUAUCAAAAUUUUUGGCAAACUGAUCUCAUGAACACCCUCUUUGUAUUUUCCUCUUAUUGUUGCUUUGCUUGUUGGUGUGGCCCAUGUGCGUCGUACUUGCUUCGAAGACGAGCACUUUACAAUGACAUGAAAAGGUAUAAAUGUUGUGCUGGUUAUAUGCCAUGUAGUGGUAAGUGUAAAGAAAAUAAAUGUCCCGAGUUUUGCCUUUGUACUGAGGUAUUUUGUUGCUUUGGAAACUCAGUGGCAUCUACACGAUUUCUAUUACAAGACGAAUUAAAUAUUCAAACAACAGAGUGUGACAAUUGCAUCAUUGCUUUCAUGUUAUGCCUACAACAAGUUGCCUGCAUAUUUUCUUUUGUUGCAAUGAUUAUUGGAAACGAUGAGAUUCGAGAAGCCGCGCAUAUACUCAACUGUUUGGCCGAUAUAGCUUAUUGCUCGGUCUGUCCAUGCAUGCAGACACAACAUAAGAUUGAAAUGGACAAAAGAGACCGCAUGUUCGGUCCCCGACCGAUGACAAUACCUCCGGUCCAGUUUAUGUUGCGGACCUAUUAUCAUCAAAAUCCUCCUAUGGAUGGAUAUCCACCACCGUACCAACAAGCUUAUGCACCUGGCUAUGUAGUUCAAGAUUAUCCGCCAUCUGUUCCCCCACCACCCGGUUAUCAUCAAAAUCCUCCUAUUGAUGGAUAUCCACCACCAUACCAACAACCUUAUGCACCUGGCUAUGUAGCUCAAUAUUAUUCGUCGCCUGUUCCCCCGCCACCCAAUUAUCCGUCGUCUGUUCCUCCACCACCCAAUUAUCGACCAUCGUGUUAG